CAACAAAAUUCAUCGAUUCAUCUUAUUUAAAUAUGCAUAUGCAACUGCUACUACACUAGUCUCUUCAGCUACACAAAUGCUACCAUAUAUACAUAACUUAGUUGCACAUUAAAAUUAAACCCUCCCAUUAUUAUUCCCAUUUCAUACUACAACUACUAAUUCAGGUUAUCAUAAUAUAAUUAAACUGCUACAGAGGGAUAUGGAGGAGAAAACAUCCUCGUCGCCGUCAAACAGAACGACGUCGUUUCGGGGAGACCCUAGCGGCACGCUCCAAGUGUUGUCCAACCCUUCUUCGAACGAGAAACCGCCGCAAAUCUCAUCGCCGUUGCGAUCUCAGGCUUCGAAAUCUGCCCCUUCAGAAGCGUCCAUUCCGUCGGAGGCGGCGGCGCAGAGGGCGGCGGAGUGGGGACUGGUGCUGAAGACAGACGAGGAGACAGGAAAGCCGCGGGGAGUGGCGCCUCGGACAUCAGGCGGGGAGGUUGGCGGCGGAGCGAGUAGCAGCAGCAGUAGUAGUAGAGAAGUGAGGGUGGCGCGUGGAGUGCCACGUGUAUCGGAGGAUGUUAGAGCUGCGCUGUCGACGUUUCAACAGACGUUCGUAGUUUCGGACGCGAUGAAAGCAGAUUAUCCGAUUCUGUAUGCGAGUGCUGGAUUCUUCAAGAUGAAUGGUUACACCUCCAAAGAAGUCAUUGGCAGAAACUGUCGGUUUUUACAGGGGGCAGAUACAGAUCCAGCUGACGUGGCAAAGAUAAGGGAAGCUCUGAACAUGGGGACAAGUUAUUGUGGAAGGUUGCUUAACUACAAGAAAGAUGGCACUCCCUUUUGGAACCUUCUCACUAUUUCUCCAAUCAAAGACCAUGAUGGAAAUGUCCUCAAAUUUAUCGGAAUGUUAGUGGAGGUUAGCAAGCACACAGAGGGGUCAAAGGAAAACAUGUUACGCCCCAAUGGACUCCCUGAAUCAUUGAUUCGAUAUGCCGCUAGAGAGAAAGAGAAGGCAGGGAAUUCAGCAAGAGAGUUAGUGGAAGCCAUGAAGAUGAAGAUGAAGAGGCUCAGUGAAUCAAACACAAACUCUAAUGAGUCCAAUAAUAAUAAUAAGAAGAAGAACAACAAAGCAGCUCCUCCAAGAUCAUCAUUAUUAAGAAGAAAAUCAGAUAGUAGCAUCAUUACUUCUUCUACACGUAAAUCACUUUCAGAACAUUCUAGAAGCAACUCAAUGCUCUCUCGCGUUCCUCCUCUUCCUCUUAACAACAACAAACAUACUAAGACUACCUCCCGCCGUCGCCUUUCUUUCAUCGGGUUAAUUAGGAAAAGUAUGUCGAACUAUGAAAGUUUUAACUAUGAAGCUGACGAGGACAGUGACGAGGAGGAUGAUAAUGAUAAUGAAGAAGGAGAUUAUGACGACUGUAAUGUGAGGGAAAAGAGAAAGGGGUUUGAUCUUGCUACCACACUCGAACGCAUUGAGAAGAACUUCGUCAUUACUGAUCCAAGGCUACCUGAUAACCCUAUAAUCUUUGCAUCUGAUAGCUUCUUGGAACUUACAGAGUAUAGUAGAGAAGAGAUCUUGGGAAGAAAUUGCAGAUUUCUGCAAGGACCUGAAACUGAUCGAGCUACAGUGAGAAAAAUUAGAGAGGCUAUUGACAACCAAAUAGAAAUUACUGUGCAGCUCAUUAAUUAUACAAAGAGUGGUAAGAAGUUUUGGAAUUUGUUUCAUUUGCAACCUAUGCGAGAUCAGAAGGGAGAAGUUCAGUAUUUUAUUGGUGUUCAACUUGAUGGUAGCCAACAAUUGGAGCCUCUUCACAACUGCAUUGCAGAUGAUACUGCCAAAGAGGGACAAUUAUUGGUAAAACAAACUGCUGAAAAUGUUGAUGAUGCUGUUAGAGAACUUCCAGAUGCUAAUAUGAAACCAGAAGAUCUAUGGAUGAACCAUUCAAAAGUUGUUCACCCUAAACCUCAUAGAAAAGAUGCUGCUGCUUGGGCAGCUAUUCAAAAGAUUCUGGAUAGUGGAGAACAGAUAGAGUUGAAGCAUUUUAGGCCAAUAAAACCUUUGGGAGCAGGAGAUACUGGCAGUGUGUAUUUGGUGGAGCUAUGUGGAAGUGGACAAUACUUUGCAAUGAAGGCAAUGCAGAAAGAUGUGAUGAUGAAUCGAAACAAGGUGCAUAGAGCUUCCACUGAGAGAGAAAUCCUUGACAUGUUGGACCACCCUUUUCUUCCUGCUUUAUAUGCUUCCUUUCAGACUCAAACCCAUGUUUGUUUGAUAACUGAUUACUGCCCUGGUGGUGAAUUAUUCCUACUUCUUGAUCGCCAGCCAUCUAAGGUUCUCAAGGAAGAUGCUGUCAGAUUUUAUGCUGCUGAGGUAGUGGUUGCAUUGGAGUACCUUCAUUGUCAAGGAAUAAUUUACCGAGAUUUGAAGCCAGAGAAUGUGUUACUUCAGAGCAAUGGACAUGUUUCUCUAACAGAUUUUGAUUUAUCAUGUUUAACAUCCAGCAAACCACAGCUUAUAACUCCAACUACAAAUGAAAAGAAGAAACAUCAAAAAGGUCCAGAAGCUCCAAUAUUUUUGGCAGAACCUAUAAGAGAAUCAAAUUCUUUUGUUGGCACAGAAGAGUAUAUAGCUCCGGAAAUUGUAACUGGUGCAGGCCAUACUAGUGCUGUUGAUUGGUGGGCUCUAGGAAUUCUUUUAUAUGAAAUGCUUUAUGGAUUUACGCCAUUCAGAGGAAAGAAUAGGCAAAAAACAUUUACAAAUAUUCUCAAUAAGGAUCUUAAGUUUCCCAAAAGUAAACAGGUAAGUCUACAUGCAAAGCAUUUAAUAUAUGGAUUGUUACAAAAAGAUCCAAAAAGCAGAAUGGGUUCACAAGGAGGAGCUAAUGAAAUUAAGACACACUCAUUCUUUCGUGGUGUCAAUUGGGCCCUCGUCAGAUGCAUGAAUCCUCCUACACUUGAUGCUCCUCUAUUUGAGAAAACUGAGGAAGAAGAAGAAGAGCAAGUAAAAGAUGUAAAUUCAGACAUAGAAGAAAUAAAUAUCUUUUAGAAAUAAUGUUCUUCUUAUUAUCUCUC